ACGGGUGGAGGGAGUGGGGGAAUCGCCACCCCCCACCCCCCAGCCCCGCUGAUGGCACCCACCCCAAACCGCUAACUGCAGAACCACCAUGCAAAACAUACACAAAGCGGCUUAUGGUUUGGAUUGGUUCCUUUUUGCAAGUCGUUUCGUAAAGAUGCGAGCCUGCCCGACACUGUGAACAGGCGUGAGAGAGCACAACACGAAGAAAACAUACGCCGACCGACCGGACCCGAACUGUUAGCCUCGCUGGAACUCGACAAAGAUGCCUGAGGUUCGGGAGCUUUCUGAAGCUUUGCCAGAGAUGUCCAUGGACCCAAUCACUGGAGUUGGAGUAGUCGCCUCCAGGAACAGGGCUCCCACUGGAUAUGAUGUGGUCUCGACAACAACAGAUGGCCUGGAUGCUGACCUGUGGAAAGAUGGCCUUUUCAAGUCCAAGGUGACCCGCUACCUCUGUUUCACCAGAGUCUUCUCUAAAGAAAAUAGCCAUUUAGGCAAUGUUCUCGUGGACAUGAAGCUAAUCGAUAUAAAGGACACUCUGCCUGUGGGUUUCAUUCCCAUCCAAGAAACUGUUGAUACUCAGGAGCAGGCCUUCAGGAAGAGGCGACUCUGCAUCAAGUUUAUUCCACGAGACUCCACAGAGGCAGCCAUCUGUGACAUCCGCAUCCUGGGACGUUCCAAGCAGGCCCCUCCCCAGUACACCUUUAUAGGAGAGCUCAACAACAUGGGAAUCUGGUAUCGCAUGGGAAAUGUACCUCGGGCCCAGGAUUCCACGCAAACACCAACCACCAACAACAUCCAGAAUGUGAACUCCUCCACCAGCUCAGCCCCAGUCCCAGCAGCUCCCAUGCUCAAGCAUAUUUCUAUGACCCUCCCAGCCAGCUUCAGAGGGAAGAACACCACCAGGCCAGACUAUGAACACCAGAACUCCAACCUGUAUGCUAUCUCAGCAAUGGAUGGAGUGCCUUUCAUGAUUUCUGAGAAGUUUGCCUGUGCCUCGUCUGAUCUGCAGCAGGUGGAUCUGAUGGGCAUCACAAUCAAGUCACUGGCUGAGAUUGAGAAAGAGUAUGAUUACAGUUUCCGCACAGAGCACAGUGCAGCAGCUCGCCUCCCUCCCAGUCCAACACGGACCUCCCUGAGCUCUGAGGCCUGAGGACCCCCUCCUAUCCCCUCCCUAACAACACUGUCCCGUAUGGACGCCAGCAGGAGAGACCCGUACACAACUACUGAGGACCUCCCCACUACAAACAGUCCCAAACACCUGUACUGAGAAGAAAAAACACAAGAAAAAAUAUUCUGUGGGUUUGGCUCAAACCACUAUGUACGACAUUGAUGGGCUGGCUUAAUAGAGGGAAUUUUAAAGUACAUUUCUUUCCCCAAACAUCCGUGCGUGAGUGUUGUUCCCUGUAGUCCAAAUGACCCCUCCCCAUCUAAAGGACUUGAUACAAACAAGACAAAAUGAUUAAAAGGAGAUGGAGGGCACCUGUUGGGCCUCAUCAUAUUUGCCUUCCUCGUUCAUGACCUAGCCGCUGCUCUGUCAUUGGUCUGAAUCGAGACACCGGGAGAGCACAUCAUCUCAGUUCAUAUGUUGAAAAUACAAAAGGAAAAUGUCAUGUCAUGGGAUUCUUUUUCAAUCUUGUACUGGUCUUAAUGGGGAAUGAUUGUCAUUGUUCUCUAGAUGUUACUGUAAUAUGCUGGUGUGACUGUGAGUGCAACAUGUGUUUUUGGAAUUUCACUGUGCUUCCUGUUGAGUCCCAGACGUUCUUUUAACCACUCCUUUUUUGCGUACACAUAGCGUACACAUAACUCCAAUCUGUUCCAUUCACAACUUCCAGUCAUCCAUUUUUUCAGCACACCGUCAGCAGUGUAAACAGUGAGUUACGUCUGUAACUAGAACUGCUGUUCACACUGUGUUGAGUAUCAGCUGCAGACACUGCUUUUUUAAUAUUCAAUAUCAUCCAUAUUUUGACAUAUGAAGUUUACCACACAAUUUUAGCCACACAGAUUUGAAUUGAUACAAAAAAGGGAUAAGCUUUGAUAUCCAGCCCAUCUUCACUUUUUAAAGUUACUUUUCUAAGCACAACACUGACAAACAGACAAUGUUACAGACAGCAAUGUUACAGUAUAAGUGUUCCAAAUGGUGUUCUUCGUCAUACUUAUUUUAUGUGAGUACUUUAUUACACGUGUAUAUUAUCCUCCAAUCGGCUGGUUUUCUUCAAACUGUUUCUUGUAGCUUGGUUUCUAACUUUAGAUGUUUUCUUUUUUACUCAUUUGACAUGUGAAGACCACUAUCCACUCAGAACCACUAGAGGUAUAUUUAAUGAUACUAAUGUGGUCAGUGCUGGCUCUGAGAAGUGGAACUCUGUGAAUUUGAGCCCAACAAUACUCUGUUUUUAACACAAAUACAGAUGAUGGCUCAUAUUUGUUUUUUGGCUUUAAUGUACAAGACACACUAACAAUAUGUACUGUUAAUGUACUUUUAAAGACUUAUGAGCAGGCUGUGUAGUGAGCUGGACAUAUUCCAGUGUAUAGAGCUCAAAGAAAUGGUGACAGUGUAUCUAAACAAUCUCAGCAUAUCUUUGGCAUAUCUGUACUGACUUGUUACUUACAGAUAACCACAUAAGCUGAUACUGAUAUAUCAGACAUUCAAUGUCUAGCCCCUCAUGUCCUCUGUUUUCUUAAUAUAAUUGAUCACAUUUUGUUUGUGCUCUUGUUUUUUUAUCGUUUCGUUUCUAUUCCCACAGCCCCAAAUCCAUUAGUACAGUAAGAGUCACGUCAUACUCGCCCCUCGGCUGCUCUUCUCACAGAAAUGCUGUUUUCAUUCACUGCUUCCCAGUUACUGUUAAGCUUCUGAAAAUUAAACUUCACACUGUAAAUGUUUCAAAGUAAGACUACCAAUUGCCCAAAGACCAUAAUCUUUAUGUAAAGGGACAUUUUAAAACCCAACUAUGCGUUCAUUGAGACAUCAGGUCACUCCAGCUCCACGAUGUGUGUAUUCAGUGUCUUUUCUUUUCUGUUCAUACAGUAUUGUCUUGAAGCACCGUUUGAUAGCUUAUUUCACUCCAUCUGUUUCAUGAGACAAGUGUUCAAAGAAAAGACUUUGUUUUGCUUUUAACCUGCAAAUGUUUUUGCAAUAUUAUCAAGUCAUAAAUGCAUGUAUUAACUCCCUUUAUUUUCUAAUGUUUUUCUAAUUUAUUAGUCAUUUCAGUAUUGUGAGCCUUGUUGUUUUCAGAGAUGUAACGUUCUAAAUUGUCGAUUGCACUGCUGUCAUGUUUGAUGAGGGUGAAGCUCUGUGUAUUUGAGCUGAGUAUAUCGGCCUUCUCUGUGAUAAGCUUCACAUGUAUGCAUUUCUCAGCUGUGGUGUUCACUUCCAGACAGUUUUCAUGGCUAAUACGCUGUCUGCAUUAACAACCAAUAACAAUCCUGCUUUGAUAUGUCUGUUAGUUUGCAUGCAUGGUGACAUCAGGACAGUUAUUUUUGUAGUUUGUUAUUGAUCAGAAGUCACAGAUUUUGUCUCAUACAGUAAAUAGAUUUUAUUCACUAAAGAAUGAACAAAACAGCAUCAGUUGAAUUUGUAUUAUACUGAAGUUUUAUUAAACUUUGAUGAACUGAACA